GCAAAUGGCGGCCGCGCAGUGGCACGUACAACGUUGCGACCGAUCACCGCCGUUGUAUCGAUGGCAGUCCCGAGCGAUGACGCGAUGGUGAAUAGCACGGUACGCGCGGAACGGCUCGUGGGCAACGAGUGCCGUAUCUGCCUCAAGCCCUGCACGGAGGUGUGCCAGCUCUUUCGCGACGAUGGCGGAAUACCGGAGAAACUGAUGGCCAUUGCCGCCGUGCAGGUGGAGGAGGGGGACGGUCUGCCAGCUUACAUCUGCCUGUCCUGCAAUCAUCUGCUCGACGUGUCCUACGACUUCAGGUGCCAGAUUCAGAAUUCCGACAUCAGGCUACGUCAGAUCCUCAAGUCGCAGGUUCAACCUAUGUUGCACGAGAAACAUACGAAAGACAUGAAGACCAUGAUGAAAGAUAUCACGGACGCCGUAUCCGACGUGAUGUCUUACAAGAAAGAUGAUCAUGUCAUAGAGCAGGACAUUUACUCGUCUCACGAUAUCGUUACGUUCGACAGUACUGCCGUUCAGUCCGAUUCGGCGAUUAAUGAUGAAUCUCACAUGAGUCACAAGUUCAUGCAGAAGACGGAUGAAAUUAUCGAACCGAGUGAAAAAGAUUCGUCAUACGAUACAUUUAAAGAGAACGUAGACAGUGCUGAAAUGAUGGAAAUAGCUUUGUGUCACGAGGCAAACGUGGACGAUGCGGCUGCCGAUCAUUCGGAUCGAUUGUCCAGUUCGACGACGGAAGACAGAUGCAUCAAGCAGGAGCAGUUGCUGCUACCUGAAGACCACGAGACGUCGGGGAGUUUAACGGACGAGAAUCGGGAAGAUUCGUUGAAGAUUGAAGUUAAGAAUAACGUAUUAUUGGAGGACUUCAACGACCACGAAGUUUCGAGGGAGAUCGCGGUAUUGAGAACGGACAAUCGGGAUACGAGGGGCGUCGCUAACUGCAGCGACGACGAGGAGAAGCCACUCAUAAGCAGGACGACCAGGCAGAAGUGCGCGUAUUGCAUCAAGUCGUUCGCGACGAAGGUCGCGUUGCAGCGACACAUGAACGUGCACAAGCACACGAAGCUGCGCUACGUGUGCGUCGUGUGCGACAAGCAGUUCUCCAACAUCGACAAAUUGAAGGGCCACAUGCUCACGUGUCACGAGGGUCAGACUACGGACGGUAAAGCGUCGCAGGAUGACAGGAGGACGAGCAAAGUUACGGCGAAAGUCACCAGAAGCGGCAACCUGACGGACAGCGUGCGGGAGGAGAAGAAAAACUUCAAGUUCACGUGUAAAGUCUGCUCGAAGCAAUUCAUAUAUCAGAAGUCCUUUGUGUCUCACGCCAAGAGCCAUGCCGAAUACGAUAUGGAAGUGGACGACGUGCUCGAUCAGUUCACGAGUAAGACGACGGACGAGCAGAAGGAUAGGAUGCCGACGUUCAAGGAAAACGAAUCCGAGGAGGAGGAGGAAGAGGAGGACGACGACGACAGCGACUUGCCGAUCGAAAGUCUACAGUGUACUCAGUGCGGCAAGCUUUUCGCUACGAAGAGGAACCUGAAGAGGCACAUCUCGACGCACAGCGGCUUGAAGUUCAAUUGUUCGACGUGCGGCAAAGGAUUUUCGAGGCUCGACAAGCUGAAGGAUCACGAACAGUCGAAGCACAAAGAGGAAAUAUUUGGCAAUACUGACGACGAGGACGAUGACGAGGAGGAUAACGAGAGCAAAAUCAACGAGAAUUCCGAGAACCGAAAGAAGGACCGACACAACAGGCCACACAAGUGCGCGCUCUGUCCAAAGGCGUUCGCGCAGGCUCAAUCCCUGGCAAACCACGUAGAGAGGCAUAAACGGGUGAAGGAUACGCAAAAGCGGUUUCUCUGCGAAAAGUGUAGCAAGUGCUUUGCUCAGAGUGGCUCGCUGGUGGCGCAUAUGCGCACACACACCGGCAUCAAGCCGUACGUAUGCAACACGUGCAGUCGCGCCUUUACCAAGAGCACGUACCUGCAGCUGCACCUGAGAACUCACAGCGGUGAGAAACCGUAUAUCUGUCAGUACUGUAGCAGGGCGUUCGCUCGGGCCAACACUCUGGCGCGGCACAUCACCAUGCACACCGGUGAGGCCAAAUACCAUUGCAACAUCUGCACCAAGUCCUUCCGGCGACUGACCUCGCUGAACGAGCACACGUACACGCACACCGGCCAACGACCGUACGCGUGCAAACUCUGCACGAAGAGGUACAACAACGCCGGCUCGUUAUAUGCUCACACGAAGAAGUGCAAGGCGCAGCAGUUGUCCAGCCCGACCACGACCACAUACGCGGUGUCCACGGCGGACAAUGCGCCGCAGCAGAACGACACGACCAUGCCCCAACUGCUGAUUUAUUCCCAGAGGAAGCUGGUGGAAGAGGCGACUAUUGGUCAAGUCGUAUCCACGCCGCAAUACAUGGUAACAAAUGUGCAUAAUCAAAAAACUGUGCCCGCGACGGUGCCCGCCAACGUGAUUCAGCCCUUCACCGUGGAGGAUCCGAAUGUAUAUAAUUCAAAGCAGUUUAAGAACUCGUAUUACGCUAUUUAUCCAAAUAACAUAUAAUAACGCGUUGAUCACGUUCGAUUGUCGAUUGAUUGUCUUCGCCCAGUGAUUUUAUUUCAGUUUGAUUCACAUGAUUUUUAGACAAGAGUUGGUCUAACAAUCUGACAUAAUAUUACAAUAAGAAGAAAACAAGAAAGAGAGAUAAAUAACGUUCUGUCGGUGAGGCUCAAGAAAUAUAUUAAGCGUUUAAAAUUGCUAGUAUAUAUAGAAAGAGGAGAUUUUUCGUGAGUAAUUUGAAAAUCGAAGAUUGAAUUCAUUAACAAAAUUAAUCAAAAAAAUAUUUUUUAUUUAUAUGAAAUAUUUGAAUUUAUUGGUUGAAGAGUUACACAGAGUAACAUACACAUUACCGCGAGAGAAUUUGCUGAAUGGCGCGUAUCGUGCUCGAACGUCAAGCAUGCAAGUGUAGUAGUAUUUCACGAAUGACUCAGGUUAUAGAAGUUAGAGGAGGUCUCGAUAUAACAAUGUACAAAAUAUAAAAAGAAAAUAAUGCCGUUGAAAUUAGAAAAAGUUAGAAAUAUCUCAGUAGGUAUCUCUAUAUAUAAAUUUUGUAUAAAUGAAUUCGUGGACAUGAGAAAAUAGAUUGACUUGCACCGAUUUUAAAAUGUCUAUUUGAAGAGGAAGGAAGAAGAGAAGUUAUAAUUAAAUGGAAAGAAUGAGCAGUAGUGAGUAUAAUCCUGAUUGCGCUGUGUUAUUAACGCAGCUUCGAAUGUGUCAAACAGAGUGCGAUAUAUUUCAGAACAAUGGGGUAAUGUAUAAUAAAUAAAAUAAAUUUGAAUAUAUUUUUGUAACAUCUACACGUUGCGUUGCUAUUAGAUAGGAAAAUACUGACAAUGAGCCGCACACAAAUACAAUUGGAGAAAAACAAUGUUUUAUGCGUAACUAUCGGAUUACACCGAAAUAUAAUUUAUAAUAUUAGAUUAUGAGAUGCUAAAUUAAAUGAAAUAACUUAUUCUUA